CCAACCUCUGCACUCAUAGUGAAGACUGCUGCGUCCAGAACUGUACCACCCCUGACAGCACAGGACAGGACCGAAGAAAAACAAACAAACAAAGAAAGGGAAAACAACAGAGUUUUUGUUUUUGUUGAUGCUGUCAAGGAGUCUACCUAACAUGGUUCAGCGUGCGUAAAAUGCGCAAUCGUUCUAGCUCAUUAUUUUCACUUAAAUAGUCGGCGACGCUUUAAAAAAGAAAUCAACAACACUAAAGUAUUUACAUCGGAUUUAAUCAUUUUGAGGCUGACCAAAUGUUAAAAAUGACCGCAGAGCAUGACAAGUCCAUCAGCGACCCGCCGUGUAGCCCGGCGGGGACUACCAGCUCCAUGUCGCAGGAUGACUCCGACUCGGAUGCACCCUCGUCGCCGACGGGAUCAGAUGGACACGGAUCACUGCUUGCUGGUAUAGGAAAGAAACUGGACGGCGAGGAUGAUGACAGAUUCCCAGCCUGCAUACGUGACGCGGUGUCGCAGGUUCUCAAGGGAUACGACUGGUCCCUCGUCCCCAUGCCGGUGCGGGGAAAUGGCUCGCUGAAAAAUAAACCCCAUGUCAAAAGACCGAUGAACGCGUUCAUGGUGUGGGCGCAAGCUGCGCGCAGAAAGCUCGCGGACCAAUACCCUCAUCUGCACAACGCCGAACUGAGCAAGACUUUGGGGAAGCUAUGGCGCUUACUAUCAGAGAAUGAGAAGCGGCCAUUCGUGGAGGAAGCGGAGAGGCUUCGGGUGCAGCACAAAAAAGAUCACCCCGACUACAAGUACCAGCCUCGGCGUAGGAAGAGUGUGAAACCUGGGCAGAGUGACUCAGACUCUGGUGCGGAGCUGGGGAAUCAAAUGUACAAGGCUGAACCAGGAUUGUUGGCGGGCAUAGCCGAUGGACACCACCACCCUGAACAUGCAGGCCAACCUCAUGGUCCACCCACACCCCCCACCACCCCCAAAACAGACCUGCACUACGGGGGCAAACAGGACAUGAAGCACGAGGGACGGCGCCUGCUGGACAGCGGCCGACAGAACAUAGACUUCAGCAACGUGGACAUCUCCGAGCUCAGCACCGACGUCAUCAGCAACAUGGAAGCCUUCGACGUGCACGAGUUUGACCAGUAUCUACCACUCAACGGCCAUGCCUCCACCGCUGGCGCAGGUGUGGACCACCAUGGCCACCAUGGACCAAACCUGGCGUCUGGCGCCGGCUCGUAUACAUCAUACAGCCAUGCCACAGUGAACAGCGCCAUUUGGAGCCGCAAGAGUGCCGCCAUGUCUGCCUCUUCCUCAACUUCUAGCGAGGCGGUCCCACAGCACCGGGCCCACAUCAAGACGGAGCAGCUGAGCCCCAGCCACUACAGCGGGGACAGUCACUCCCACAGCUCCCCCUCCCACUCAGAAUACUCCCACUCCUACACAGCCCAGACCUGCGUGACAUCAUCCGCCGCUGCAGCUGCAGCCUCCUUCUCCAGCUCUCAGUGUGACUAUACAGACCUCCAGAGCUCCAACUAUUACAACCCCUACUCAGGCUACCCUUCCAGCCUGUACCAGUACCCCUACUUCCACUCCUCCAGAAGGGCGUACCACGGGAGCCCCAUACUCAACAGUUUGUCCAUUCCCCCCACCCACAGUCCCCCCACAUCCAACUGGGACCAGCCGGUGUACACCACCCUAUCCAGACCGUAGGUGACUGUUCAUGUAAAAGGACCAUCCAUUACUCACCAGGAACAUGUUCAUCAAUAUGUUUUGCAACGGACAACAAAGAUGACCACUUCUUAUUUGACAAGUCCAAGUAGUCCCUCCCCUUAUUGUUUGUCUGGUGCCCAAUGAACAUGACCAAGGUCUCAUGGAAAUGUGAGAACUAGAGGAAGAGGAUCGGAGGGUGCUAGGCUACCCCCAUGCCAAUUUGAACAUGAAGUGAAAUAGAAAAAUAAUUGAAGUGCCUGCUGUUUUUAUACAAAGCUUUUUCGUUUGAGCUUACCCAUGGAAAGACAGAAAGACUGACUUUGACACAGAAAUCAAGUCAAAGGCGAACCAAAAUUCCUCUGUGAGGAGUCGGACAUCCCCCCCGCCCCACACACACACACAUCUAGUACAGCCACGCCUUUUUUCAAGUUCAGGGUUGUGUUCAUUAGUGCACACAAUGGAAACGUUUAAAGACGUUUUGCAACGGGAAAUGAGCAUUUCUUAUUUCUUCUGUUUGGUGCCUAAUGAAUACGACCCAGGUCUGCACAUGUUGUUGUGUUGUGUGCACCAUUUGAGCCAGCAGCGUGCAGGCCUGCCAUGGACUUGUGUAGGAGAGAGAGGGCAUAACGGUUAGGCCCAAGUCCUUUGAGAAGCAGAUGGAGAAACAGAUACUUUUGGAAUGAAGCUCUGGGAUUAAUGAUGUGUUUUCACAGGCUGAAUCCCAAAUGCCACCCUAUUCCUUUUAUAGUGCACUACUUUUAACCAGGGCCCUUAGGGCUUUGGUCAAGUAGUGCACUACAGUACGAGGCCGAGCUGUAUAACUUAAAUAUGCACACAUAUAUUUACAUCAGUGGACCAGUCUUAAUUCAGUUGUUCAUUUAUAUUCUUAAAUGUUCAUGUUGUUGUUAUUUUGACGUUAGAAAUAUCUUAAAUAUGUAUUUAUGUUCAUUACGUUAUUUUCCUUUUUGUUUCCGAUUUAUUCGUUAAACACUAGUAACAAAGGAGGGGUAUAUCUCAAUGUCUUUCGGAUGAAAAUGGGUGGAUGGUGGAUCUAAGUACAGUAGAAAUUCUAUGACACAUUACUACAUUUUAUAGCACCAUUCCCUAGACGACCAAUAACAAACAUUGUCUCCAUUCCAAGUUGCGGGACAGCAAAGUGGGACCAAUAGAACAGCUCUAUUUGAAUAUCACAUGAUGCAACAGAUACCAAUAGACCAAUAGAAUGCCACCUGAUCCAACAGGUGCCUGGAAGCUAUGCUUGGCCAAUUGCGAUUAGUCAUGAUGUGGGGUUAAAGGAAGUGGGGUAAGAUAACACCAGACACACUGAGUAACGCGUCAGCUGGACUCAUGCAGACAAGACGACACACAGAUGUGUGUGUGUGUGUGUGUGUGUGUGUGUUUGUGUGUGUGUUGUCUUAGGGGACCAAGCAUGAACAUGUAAGGACAGAACAGUUGUUUUGAUUGACUAAGCAGCACACUGUACUGUUAUCUGAGCUAAACAGGGUCACCGUAAGCUUACAAAGAAAAACUGAGAGUCUUCUUAUUCACUAUGACAGAAUGCAUGUGAGACCGUUUAUGUGUGUGCAUUGGGUCAAUUCCUCAGAAGUCAUAAGAUGCCAAUUCACUGUAACCCUGUUUACAUGUGCAGAAUAUAUUUGUGCCUUCUAAUGCUUUAUCUUAAUUUCCGAAUUGGAUUAUUAACAAACUUCAUGCAACAUACACUACAAUCAGUAAUCCACACUACAGAAUCAAAUAAUUAAUCUCUACGGAAUCUUCAUUUGGUGCCGUUUGUAACAGCCUCAAUGUCUGUUCAAUUUCUCUGUGAUUAGUUGAGAUUUAAAGGUACAGAGCACCAUACUCUACUUUAUGUCCACAGAAUGCAGUGUUUUUCUUUAUAUUAUCGCAGUGUAUGUUUUUAAUGACUAAGCUGUGAACCAUGUUGUCAUCUAUUAACUAGGUCAUCCACACGCCACAGCUAAACCAUUUGCUGGCCAUUUCUGUGUAAAUAAAUAAAAAAGAACUUUUCUCAUUGA